AUGCCAGGAGCCAUGGCUGGAGACAAAGAGAAACUCUCGAUUGCCGUGGUGUCCAUGCACAAGCAGGGCCAUCUCGCUCCUGUGCUCUACCUUUGCAGCGAGCUCUGCAAGCGAGGGCACCAGGUUUGCGUCUACAUGCCGGAGAUUGGGAAGAAUGAUUUUGAGAAGAAGAUCAAAGAGACUGGAGCUGCGCUGGUUGCUUUGGACAUGCAAGGCUACAGCGACGAGACGAUCAAGAGCACAGCGACUGCUUCGCGCAAACAUGUUUUCACCGUGAUUUCAAAUCUGAUGUGCCCGGCCUUGAGGAAAGAAUUCUCCCAGAAGAGGCCUGACGUGGUGCUAGCAGACUUUGCUUCCAUCGCAGGAUGUCUGAUCACCGAAGAGAUGAAGCUGCCAUUGGUGCUGAAUAUGCCGGGACCCUUGUCACUGAUGCAAGUGAUUUGUGGUUUGCCCGACACCUCGACCGGCGUAAACUGCUUCGGUCUACACCUGGCGAGGCAACGCUUCAGUGCCUUGACCUUAGUGAAGUGGCUCGGCUUGGGUGGCUUGACGGAAUGGGGCAAACCCUUGCGGAAUGCGGUGGGCCGUGGCGCCAUGGUGCUGGUGCAGACCAUUUGGGGCUUGGAUAAGCCGAUGCCCAUCUAUCCCAACUUCAUCGUCACCGGCCCGGUCCUGCCGCCGGCGGCCGCUCUGCGCGACGGCCUGGCCAAGCACGUGGAACUCCAGCGCUUCCUGCGCGCCGCGCCGGAGGGUGUGGUCUAUGUGACCACGGGGAGCUUGGUGAAGCUGGAAGCGUGGCAGGUACGCGUGAUCUUUAAUGGCCUGAAAAAGGCUAAGUGCCGUGUGGUGUGGAGCUUGAAGGAAGAGAAACAAGAGUUUCUCCCCAGCAAGGAGGACCCAGACUUCUUCAUCAGCAAGUGGCUUCCACAAGCAGAGUUGCUACAAGAUCCGGCCAUCAAACUGGUGAUCACACACUGCGGCUGGGGCGGUAUCAUGGAAACCCUGAUUGCCGGAAAGCCCAUGGUGGCGGUGCCUUUCUUUGGUGAUCAACCUCAAAAUGCCAAGCUGAUCCAACAAAGAGGUCUUGCUGAAUUGAUUGGCAGAAUCCCUACUGGAGCUGAGGGGACCCUGAAUCCCUACAAGGAGGGCUGGAUCACUGAAGACUCGGUGUGCUCGGCAGUGACCAAGGUGAUGAACACUCCAUCUUAUGCAGCUAAGGCAGCUGAACUCAUGAUUGCAUCUGGUGCCACAGGUGGUGUAGCCACUGCUGCUCAGCAUGUGGAGUGGGCUGCACGCUAUGGCACCAGCCACGUGAAGCCGGAGAACUUCAGCUAUUUCACAGGAUCAAAUCCUUUUAAUGGCUUAGUCGUUGGACUAGGCUUAUGUGCAGUGGGCCUCUGCAAACUCUCGCUGUUCUAA